GAGUUGGCUACUAAACGGCAAGAUGGACCGGGACCUCCUUGAAGAGACGAACGCGCUCUUGCGGCUCACGGGCUUUGGCGACCGCACCUUCAAGACCGUGCCCGAGCUCGUGGCCAGCGUCUCCUCGAUGAGCGUCGCGCUCUACGAGCGCCUCUUUGAGCUGCGUCUCGAGAACGUCGUGCGCGAGCCCAAGACGCUCGCUGACUACAGCGAGAACGCACAGCGCGUCGUCGACGCGCUCGCCGCCGCCAUGCUCUCGGACGACCUCGCCGACGUGACCGGCGCCAACGUCUGUGCUGGCGACUUGGCCGCGAUCCGGGACCUUGUCCGCGUUCUGACGCAUGUGUAUCAAAUGCUGCGCCGCUCGCAGCGCAACGACCACGCGUCUAGUGAGAGCGACCAUAGUCUCCACGAGACCUACUACAUCAAGCGAUCCAAGAAAUCGACAUUGAGCAAGCGCACCAAGCGACCGCCGGACGACGAUGCGUCGGGGCUGUUAGCCACGCAGGCGUACGGCCGGUACGUGCCAAUGCCCAGCGCAUCGUCGUCGACACGCAGCAGUCGCCGCGCGUCCAUGGCAUCUGUAUCCACCACAGCGUCGUCUCGGAAGCCAAAGCAAAGCCAGGCGCGGCGCGGCUCGCCACCAACCGCGGCCUUUGGCAGCGUCUCGUCAGUCUCGUUCACUGGCAGUGAAAAGGGUGAGCUGGACGAUACGUCCAUCUUUAGCUUUUGUCCCGACGAUGAGGACGAAGGCGACGAUGCGAAUGCAAAGCAAGGUACCGACGACGAUGGUGAUCCCGUCGAGGACGAGGCUGAGAGCGACACGCCGCUACCGCUAUCACUACCCGUGCACGCAACCAAGCACCCACGAACGACGAGCCCUCCGCCGGCGCCGGUAGCCGCAGCCAUGGACUUGAGCGGCGAUCGAUCGAGUCGUUCCGCGAAGCUCCGGCUUGAAGACAUGCUGUCGCACGGCGGGGUCUCCAUGGCUUCGCCAUCCAUGCUGCCAACGAAACGACUGCAGCCACAACCCCUCAUCGGCGCCACCGAGCGACUGCACCAAGCGCGGUACAAGGCCAUUUUGAACGACCACGUGCACAGCCUGCGCCUCAAAGAAAAGCAUGAGCACGAUAGGCUCGGGCGUGCGCUGCAGCAGCAACAGCAUGCGCAGCAAGUCGAACGCAUUCGCGCCAUCAAGAUUCACCAAGAGCUUCGGCGCCAGCGCAUUUCGCUCGGGUUGGACCAAAAGCGAGUCGAAGAGAAGCAUCUCAAAGAACCAUGGGAACGUUGCUCGAGAUGGAGCGCGACCGCGUGCGUCAGGAGCACGAAAUGACGGCCAUGGCACUUGACGCGAUUCAGCAAGACCACAAGAAGAAGGAAGCCGCGCUCGAGACCUUCUACGCGCAUCAAAUGGACUUGGCCAAGGAGCAGCGCGCACGGGAAGUGAAGGACCGGUCCCUCCUCGAACACGCCCACCGACUCGCCUCGGAGCAGCUUUUGCGCGAGACGCGGCUUCAGCGAGAGAAGGAGCUCCAGGAGAUUAUGGCGCAGCGGCAGCACUUGGCCCAAGUCCAGCAGUUUCGCCAGGAGCGCCGGUUGGAGGCAUACGUGGCAGCCUCCAAGAAGGCGACGCCCGUCUUGCACCUCGACGUCCAGAAGAAGGUCAAGGACCCUUUUUAUGCGGCCGCGAUGAAGGCCAAGACGACGGCCAAGACGACGACGACAUAUAGCCGCAGCAAUGUCGUUCGGCGCAUCUAUGGCAGUGGGAAAUAGUCUGCGUAUGGAGAAGCGAGUGUGUUGAGCAAAUUAGAGCUGUACAGUUCGAACAUG